AUGGACUGCCAAAAACAACUGGCAAUUAUCACUGCCCAAAAUAAGCAGGCACCUUCACACACUCUCGCACAACAAAUCCAAACCCUAACGGACAAACUUACCGAAAUGCACGCAGCCAAAACGUCCUACUUCCUACUUAAAAUGAAAGCGACUCAUUACCACCACAGUGGGAAAGCUAAUAAACAAUUAGCUAAUAGGCUGAGAGAGAAAUUGGCGGCCGCCAAAGUAGCAUACAUACAGGGCCCGGACGGCACCAAAAUACAAAACCCAUUAGAUAUUACUCAGGAGUUUGCAAAAUACUACUCCGACCUGUACAAUCUAGGAGACAAACCCGAAAUCCCCCCUAUACAAGACGACAACAUUACGGAGUUUCUGUCCCACCUUAACCUCCCACAAAUUAAUCAAUCCCAUUUGGAUUUAUUACUCCAACCUAUUACACUGUGGGAGGUGCUCCAUACGAUACAACACCUUUACCCGGGCAAAUCCCCAGGAGCAGAUGGCCUCCCCAACCUGUAUUACAAGACAUUUGCGGAGGUACUGGGUCCCAGAUUAGUUAAAGUAUUCCAGGUAGCCACAGAGAAAGGGGAGCUUCCUCCCGAAAUGCUACUAGCGACCAUAGUUACGUUGCCAAAGCCAGGAAAGCCCCCAGAUCAAUGUAAGAAUUUCAGGCCAAUAUCACUGCUAAAUACGGAUGCUAAGAUAUACGCAAAGAUCUUGGCCUCCAGAUUGGGCAAAAUACUACCCUCAAUCAUCCAUGACGACCAAACAGGGUUUGUGAUGGGGAGGCAGGGGCUCGAUAAUACCCGGAAACUGUCCCUGCUCAUGGAGCAGAUGCGGAGGUCUGGCCCAGGUGGGUUGCUCUUAGCCUUAGAUGCUUAAAAAGCGUUCGACCGCCUGGGCUGGCCCUUCCUACGGCAAGUUCUCUCAGUGUUUGGAUUCCCACAACAGUUCAUUCAACAAGUAUUCGCUCUAUACUGUCACCCUAGGGCCCAGGUACUACAGGCGGGAUUUAAAUCAGAUCCAUUCAAAAUUACAAAUGGCACCCGACAGGGGUGCCCUUUGUCACCCCUGCUGUACGUGCUGGCCUUGGAGCCACUACUAGUUGCCAUCAGAUCGCAUCCAGAUAUAGAAGGCAUCAUCUGGCAGGACCAGCAUAUUAAGAUCAGCGCAUUUGCCGACGAUAUCCUGCUAUAUGUCUGCCAACCAGAUAAAUCCCUCCCUCACAUCAUGAAUCUCAUUGAAAAAUAUGGGGAACUUUCCUACUAUUCCCUAAACACAACCAAGACUCAGGCAUUGGAGCUGCGCUUGGACCCACAGGUCCUAGCGCAACUACGCAAAGAUUACCAAUUCGAGUGGAGAAAAAAACGAUAUAAAAUACUUAGGCCUGACGUUCACUAGGAAGACCUCUGACAUGUUCCCUACCAACUACACCAGAGUCUGGACUGAGUGCUUGGCACUGUUACGGGGAUGGGGCAAACUGUUCCUUACUUGGACGGAGCGCAUUGUCGCAAUUAAAAUGACUGUAUUACCGAAACUACAAUAUGUGUUUAGGAACCUUCCCUUGAAAGUUCCACAAUCCUAUUUUAAAGCCAUACAGUCUACGCUCCUCCAGUUUAUCUGGGGCAAGGGACGGGAAAGGGUCUCUAGCAAACUAUUGUCGGCCCCCAUAGGGCAUGGAGGAAUGGCAUUUCCGAAUGUAAAAUACUACUACCAGGCUGCGGUUCUGGCGCCCCUAAUGAACCACCUAACUAAAGAUAACCGACCACAAUGGGUGACCUUAGAAAACCUAGCUAUUAAACCUUUCCUAGUCACCAACCUGUUAUGGCUACCUAACAGGAGCAGGCCAACCAUCCCGCUGAUACCCCUACAACUUCAACUAGCAAUGCAAACGUGGGACUUACACAGAACGAAGUUUGAAACGGCCCACCCCCUCUCAAUGGCGACGCCCAUCGAGGCCAUCACGUACUGCAUCCCCAUCUUUCAUGCCACUCCAUGGAAAGAGAAAGGUAUCUCUUUCCUGUCCCAAGCCUUUGACCCAGGUGGACUGAUGAGCUUCGAGCGUCUCAAUAGAACCUACAAUAUCCCACACACAUCACAAUACUCAUACAUCCAACUUAAAUCCUUCUUGCACAAACUCAACAAGGAUAACAAGGUAGAAUCUAAUAAACAGGGAGAACCCUCAACCUGGGAACAAAUAAGUAUCACGGGUAAAAUUCCUCCAACUUAUAAGCCACUCUCAAGUUGCUAUAAACUAAUUCUGCCAUACCAGUCCCUAUCUGGCUCAACACAGGCAAGCCAAUGGGAAAUGGACCUUCAGACCUCCAUCACUGACAAUCAGUGGAAAACUCUCACAUCCUCCGUUAGGAAGCUGGUCAAAUCUGCCUCCCUCAUGGAGCAAUACCAGAAAACAAUAUACAGGUGGUAUAUGGUGCCGCUUCGCUUACAUAAACUGUAUCCCCACUCGUCUUCGACGUGUUGGAGAUGCAAACAAGAGGCGGGGUCAGUCCUUCGCAUAUGGUGGCGUUGCCCACGAUUAAUUAGGUACUGGGGCGAUGUCCAAAAACUCAUUGCUGACACCACAAACGUCAAACUAUCUCUUGAGCCCAUAACCUUUUUGCUACUGGAUGUACCCAAGGAAGUACCCAUACAGUCGAGAAAACUAAUAUAUCAUAUCCUGCUGACAGCACAAAAACUAAUAGCUAGAGCCUGGAAGACAAAUGGGGCCCCUAAUAUCCAACACCUUAUUCAGGAUAUAGAUAACCAGGCAAUUUAUGAAACAAGUUUUUCCGGGAUGCGUUCUGGCUCAAGCCGCCUGGGAGGAGCUUGGGACCAAUGGCGCACCUGGAGAACGGCUAACCCACAACUCCUAGUCUAG